UGGCCCUCUGUUGCUUGGGCAAGCGGUGAGUACACACACGGCGGGGAGGCUGGGCUGGGGACAAGGGCUGGGGCAGAAACGCUGCAACCGGGGCUGGCUUCUCCCCCUGCCUGCAGGGACAGCCCCUCAUGGGAGAGCCUUGGGCAGGCCACAGGGCUGCUGCUGCUGCUGCAGCUCCAGGGGCACUGGGAUAGCUCUUGCUGCCUGCCAGCUGUCUGGGGCCCUGUCCUUCCUGCGCCCAGAACCCUGAGCAUCCUGUCCUCCCUCCAGCAACCAGUAGUUCCCGCCCUCCCUUCCCCACUCAAGGCCUUCUCUCCCUCCUCCUGCAGACCAUGGAUCCAGUCAUGUUCCUGUUCGUGCUCUUGCAACGUCUCAUCCAGUACCCGCCGCCCGUGGGUGAUGGUUUGGAUGAGGAAACACAUUGGCGCAUGGAAGCGCGUGCAAAGUACCUGGAAUGGGAGAUGCUCCGGCUGGAGCAGAAGGUGGAGCAGCUCUCCCAGAAGAAGAUGCAACACUUGCAGCUCUUAGCUGUUGCUGUGCUCCUGGCCCUGGUCUUGGUCCUGUGGAUUAUUGGGUGGAAAAGCAGCCCGAGGAGAAAGGAGAAUGAAGAAGAAAACCAUGGUGCAAAUGAAGAGGAAGUUGGCAAUGUUGCUGGAAAUGAAGAUGACAGUGAUGGAAAUGAUGUUGUCAAUGAGGCUGCAUUUGCAGAAAACAACGACAAUGAUGUUGAAAAUGUAGUCCAAGAAGACAACAAUUUUGACGAUCAUGUUGGACAAGAUAUAAUGGAGCGCAUACAGUGGCCUGCACAGGACCUGCAGAGAGGCUGUGGGUGGGUAACUGACCUGAUGGACAAUUAUACAUUUUACUUUGCGCAUGUCUUGCUCGACAGUUUCUACCCAGUCCUGCACCGAGCCAUCGGGGUGGGCAGUGCCUUUGAAGGGUGGAGUCCCCGUGAGCAGGAUGUCGUGUACCGUGUGCUCAUACCCAUGACUCCUCCCCGAGGCCACAGCUUCCACCUGGAGCUGGACAGCGCGAGGCAGAGGCAUGUGAGGAACUUCCGUGUCCGCGUGCAGCUGGAGUGCACCUGCACGGGGCAGCAGCUGGGUGAGAACAUGCUGUGCUUCCUGCACAACCCCGAGGAGGAGCUGAGGAGCAAUCAGGAACCCAGCCUCCUAGACACCCUGUGCACAGACUCCUACCUGGACGUGCAGAAAACUGCCCGCUGGUUCCGGCAACUGGUGAAAGCAAUCUGGCCAGCUUUCCCUCAGUCACACAACUGGCAUUUAACGCUGCUGCCCUCCGCACGCUCCUGCCAAUUCAAUGUGACCACCAAUGGUGAAGAAAGCUUCAGGAUUGAGAUGCUGUUCGGGGUACGGAGAGGUGACUCAGCCGUCUUUGUGAGCAGCCAACCUAGAGAGGCCUACACACUAAGCACAAUCUGGCGUGAGUCCUACGCUGUGGCAGAGGCUGAGUUCUUCAAGUACAUUGCCAGGCAGGCCCCCCCUGACAGCUUGCACCUCAAAUGCCUUCAGUUCUUCUCCUGCCUUGUUCAGGGCCUCAGCUUCUCCACCUACACCAUGAAGACCAUUGUCAUGCACCUGCUCAGUGCCAUGCCUGCGUCAUCGUGGCGCAGGGGACAUCUCCGGGAGCGACUGACGGACAUCAGGGACAGCCUGCAUAUAUGUUUGCAACAAAAAUUCCUCGAGCACUUCAUUGUGGGUAACCGGACAUUUCCUCAGGACAUCAAUUUACCCCCAGAUGUAAAAAUGGGUAGGACAUACAAUCUCUUCCGUCACCUGGCGCAGCGGCCGGCUGCGCACACCCAGGCAAUGCAGGAUUACCGGCUGCUGCACAAGAGGUUCAAAAGAAUCGCUCUCGGAGAGGAUAACUGAAGGAAGGGCAGGAGUCAUGGCCAUGUGCACAGAGCUGUGCUUGUGCUGCUCACAGCUGGCAGCAGACAACCACCUCCUAGCACAAAUUUGGCGCUAAGGAGAAGAGGAUGCGUGCAAAGGCUCUGGAGAAGGUCCAACAGCCUCUGCUGGCACCUCAGAAAGUAGACUGCCACAGGAGGGUUUAUUCUACUUCUUUGUAUCAUUUCACUUUCCAAAAAAGGCACCCAGUUGUCAUUGAGCCCUGCUCUACAUGCUGAGCUGAAGUCUCCAAACCCCACCUGCAAUAUGCAGUUCUUCCCAGCCUUUGAGGAGAGCUAAAAUUUCAAGCAUGAAAAAAGUGGGAAUCUGGGAUAGAAAAAGAAAAAAAGAAAUGGGGCAAAAGAGAGUAUGAGGAAAAACUGGCACUGGUGACCUGGGAUGAGUCAAUGGAUGGAGCCUCUCCAUGUCCCUGGAAGAGACACCUUUAUGUCAGCAUUAGACCACGUGUGUUGGAGCUGACAUGAAAUUUUAUCUAUAGCAGAAUCAAGGUUUUUGUUUCAUAGAUAGAUAUAUUGUGUAUGCCUGUUAUGUACUAUAAAGUUUAUGAAUUAUCAUAUAUACUAGUAAAAUACAAUAAAUCCAAACAAUAUAGUAAUAGAAAUAAUAUCAAAAUAUGAAAUAUGGAGUUACAUCAGGAUAAAAAGUAAUUUUAAAGAGUUGCAUAUGUAAUUUUGUUUAAAUAGUAACAGUAGAACACAUAUUUAUUGUCAGUGUCUGUUAUGACACAUAUUGUUGCUCAUAGUCCCUUUAUGUCUGGAAGGUUUUUCAUAAAAUAGAUAUAUUUAUUACAUAUAUAGCAUACAUCUGAUAUAUACUUGCUGUAUACAUUAAAUAUGAAUAUAACUCUGUAAUAUAUAUUCUAUAUCAUAUGCCUAUAAUAAAUUACAUGUGUGAUAUAAAUUUUGUACAGAUGUAAAGCCAUAUCCAGUCUUACUAUCUGUUGCAACCCAUAUUCCUGCUCUAGAGUUAGUGCAUUUAUAAGUAGCAAACUGGAAAACGCUUUGCUUUGGUGUCAAUAAAAGGCAAUUUGUGCAGAAUCUGGAGUGUGCAAGACUUUAUUGA